AGAGCGAUCCGUGAAGAAGAAGAAGACGAAGACUCUUGAACUCCUCCGGGGCUCGUCUAUCGGAACAAGCCAAGCCAUCCAUGGCGGCCAUGGAGCUCUGCUCCGAAGAAGCACUGCGAUACAUCUGGGGUGGUGCUAUCCCUCUCCAGAUCCAUCUCCAUGAAUCCGAGGUCACUACUCUCCCACCUCCUCCUCCGGCACUGAUUCUGGGUCCUCGCAUUGGUUACUUGCCUUUGUUGGUAUCUCUUUUGAAACCCUAUUUUAGUAGUACGCUUCCUCCGGGCGUUGACACUGUUUGGUUCGAUUACAAAGGCUUGCCUUUGAAGUGGUAUAUACCUACAGGAGUUCUCUAUGAUCUCUUAUGUGCAGAACCAGAGAGGCCAUGGAAUUUAACGGUCCAUUUUAGAGGACACCCUGGAGAAACUUUGAUCCCAUGUGAGAGUGAAGACAAUGUAAAAUGGAGCUUUAUUAAUGCCCUGAAAGAGGCAGCAUAUGUUAUCAAUGGGAACUGUAAGAAUGUCAUGAACUUAUCUCAGGCAGAUCAGUUUGAGCUGUGGCAAUCAUUGAUGAAAGGCAACAUGGAAGGCCAUCAACGAAUAGCAUCAAGACUUAAGCUUGGUCCCAUUGGAGAGGAUUGCACGCUCAAAACAGGAUCAGGACAACCUCGUCAGGCUCUUGGUGAAGCUGAAACCGCUGGAUCUAGCCGGGUUGGCAGAAUUCCUGUUCGGUUGUAUGUGCGCAAUAUCAGUCAAGACCUUGAUGAUUUUGAUGAAGCAACUGCAGUUGAUAGCUGGGACAGUAUCUCCUACAUAAAUCGGCCAGUUGAAAUUCACAAGUAUGAAGGUCACCUUCUUACAUUAAGGACAGCUUUGAAAGCUCUACUGCCUGAGAUCUUUGACGACGAAACCAUGCCUGACAAUCAAAUAUUCAGUAAAGAAGAGGGAUGCCAAGUGACCAAUCCAAGCUUUGAGGAUUAUGAAACACCUAAUAGUUUGAGAAACGUAGAGGCGGAAGAAACGUCGAUAAUUAGUGAUUCUGUGGUGCUUUCGAAGAAACCCAAAGUCAAGCUUAUUCGAAUUCAAGGGAUUGAAUUAGAUCUGAGUAUUCCAUUCUUCUGGGUGGUCAACAACCUGAUGAACCCUGAUUACUUCAUUCAUAUCUGUGUAUUUACUGAAGCAUCACCAAGUCAAGUCCUAGUGAGAUGAUUGAACAUUUUUUUUGUUUUUUUAAGUGGAAUUCAUAUAUCAUUGUUUAUUCUUUUGGGGUCUUAUUGUGAGAAAGGAAUCAGAUAGUUAGGGUACCAUCAGUUUAGUUGUGUGGGAUCAAUUGGGUUGUUCCAUGAAGGGAAAGGUUUCUAUGCAUAUAAAUAGAAUUGCAUUUCAGAUUUAUAUUCAUAUUCAAAAUCAGGUUGUAUUUUUUUGAUUUUCUGUUGCUUGGAAAUCAAAAGAAAUAUUCGGUUGAGUGGUUUAUCA